AUGGCAAGUGAAGAACAUCGUCGACGUUCUUCUCCUCGGCCCAAACAUCUCAAACCACUUUGUUUACGUCGAAGUGUUUCAGUAGAAGAGAAAUCUCAUGGAUCAACUAUUUCGUCGAUCGAUCCAUCAUUGAGCUCAUCACUUCAUUCUCUAUGUCUUCGAUUACGUCCACAUCAGUUAUUACCCGAAUUCAAUGAGAAUAUCGCACAGGCAUCGAAUGAAAAUGAAUUUGACUGGUGGAAAUCAGCAUCACAUCUGCGUCCGUUACUUCAAAAUAUUAUUUUAUAUCAGAAUUUUACGAACGAAUUCAAAGAUGAUAAAGGAGAAGAUAAUAAAAUUUAUCAGAAAUUUUGUAAAUCGAAACGAUAUCGACGACGAAAUGCCAUUUGUGAUAUUGUCGAUCGGUUGUGUUACAAUGAACAAGCGACUUUAUUUUCAACAAUUGCAAUUGAUCUUCAAAUUGAAUCGAAUCUGAUUUCAUCAGGUUUUCGACUUUGA